AAAUCCUUUCGUGGAUUCUUUCAUGGCUGGAAAUGGAACUUGUUCUCGAGUCUCCAUAAUCAGCUAGAUCUAUGUGGUUAACUUUUCAUCUUUAUAACUUUUGUUCACGGGAGGAAGUGAAAAAGGCUGUAGAAUUAGGGUUUCGGUGGUUGACGUGAAGUGUUUUGUAAACUGGACGUAUUUAUUUUCAUGUGUGGAGUUGCUCAGUAUCUUUUCUUCCUUCUCUGAUGUUUUGUUGCUUCUCUUUUUCGUUUGGAUUUUAGAUCCAGUAGCUAUAGUGAAACAGUUCACAAGUGUUAGCGAAGUCCACGAAAGAUUUGAAAGUGUUUUGAAAUGGAACUACAAAACUCGACGGCACUACAAUAUAUACGCGGUUCUUUAUUGUUCACUAGCCUGUAGUUGACUGAGUUUGUUUAAGCACUACAAAGAGAAGAGUUUAGAGUUGUUGGAUGGAUAUGAGCAACUUUAGGUCUGGAUCACAUGUUGCACAGCAAAGCCGUCGCGAUAAGUUGAGGAUUCAACAAUGUUCAUCUUCAGGUCAGCACCUAGAGGACUUCGCUCACAGCAUGGAACAGUCAUCAGUUAACCCAGAUCUCAUUCAUGUUCGUAAUGUGAGAAGUGCGAAUUUGCUGUUUGACCCCACUCUUAUUUCGUCUGGGAUGAUCAAUUUUGCUACAACUUCCAACGUUUUGUCUGGUCAAAGAGAUGCAAUGAUUCACCAAGAGUUGAGUGAAGCUCAACCCAGCAAUAGGCCUAUAAUGGCAGCCGGGGAUGAUUUUUUCCACAGUUUGCCUCUCACGAACUCAUCCCAGUAUGAUGCAUCAACGAGAGCCGCUGUUGAUAGUGGUGAUUUUCAAGGAUGUAGUAGUAGCAAUUGGAAAAGUCUUAUUUCACAGACAAACUCAGAUUGGCUGGUAAAUUAUGCUAGUGGGUCGGCAGGUAAGGAUAUCAAUCAAAAUGAAAUGCAGCUUGUUAGGGAAGUCUUGUCAAAUAAUGUGAAAGUGGGUGAUGUUCCUACGACUAGAAAAUAUUUAAAGACUAAUAUUUUCAAUGAGUAUCAAAUUGUUCAAUCUACGGUGACCAAUACAUCAAGCGAAAUUUCUUGUCAAGAUAGAGAAAAACAGCAAUAUGGGGACAUGCAUUAUGCUACUCCCCUAUUUCAAAACAGUAUUCAGGAUGUUGUUACUUUGGCUUCAAUCGGAACUCAAGAGGGGUUAGCCGUGGCGUCUGUUGUUCAACAUGAUGCUAGAGAAACUGGCCAUGCCAAUUGGAUUGAUUCGGAUUCUGGUAAUGAACUUGUGCUUCUUCCGAAUUUUGGGAAUCAGUCGAGUGCUUUUCGUUAUACUAAUGCCAAUACAUGGAGCAGUAGACCAAUAGAGAGUUGUCAUCCAUGGAAUAACGAAUCUGGCUUCAUUGAAAGGAAAAGUGACAUAGAAUUGAACAACACUGCAAGUGAAACUACUACGCAGGGUCUCUGUCUAUCUCUUUCAUCCAAUCCACCAUCAAAAUUGCAUAUAAAUCAUUUUGGAGAUGGAUAUCGGUCUCAAGGCUUACACACAAGGACAGAUGUUUUCAAGGAACCUGAGGUGUUUAAGGCUGACAAGAUAGAUUAUUUGACCUCAAUGGCAAACCCAUCUAAUACUAUCAAAGGUGUUGGAAAAUCUUUUUCGGAAUUUGUGGGGACAUCUAACUCCCAUGUUCAACGAGGUACCGGUCCUCUUGGACCAUUUACUGGAUAUGCAACUAUUUUGAAAGGUUCAAGAUUCCUAAAGCCCGCACAAGAGCUACUGGAUGAAUUUUGUAGUUUAACUGGGUCAAAAGUUGCCAAGACAUGUUAUGUGGCUGAGAAAGUCUCUUGUGAUCAUGUCAACUCUUCAAUUUCUGUGGACGUUGAUGCUGUAGAUGUUACCGAUAAAGAGGUUGGAGCUAAGGGCAAUAAUUCUUGUUUAUCGUCAUCGACAUUUUACAGUUCAAAUCAAAUGAGUUGUAUUGGUGGUGUUGGCAGCAGUUCAUGUGAAUCUUACAGGCCCGAAUACCAACAAAAGAAGGCAAGACUCAUAUCCCUGCAGGAAGAGGUAUGCAAAAGGUACAAGUUGUACCACCAGCAGAUGGAAAUGGUGGUUUCAUCUUUCGAAUCAGUUGCCGGACUUAGCACUGCUACACCUUAUGUUUCCUUGGCUCUCAAAUCAAUUUCAAAGAACUUUCGGUGCCUAAAAACUGUCAUCGCUAAUCAGCUCAAACAUGUAACAAAAGUUUUAGGGGAGGACUUGCUGUCUUCAGCUUCCUUUACUAGUACUAGUAAAGGUGAUACAAACACAUCAAGACUAAUGUACAUGGAACAAGGUUCUCAAAAGCAUAAACUGGGUGGGAGCAACAUGGGCUUCCUUGAAUCUCAACAUGUCUGGAGGCCCCAGAGAGGCCUCCCAGAACGUUCAGUGGCAAUUCUCAGAGCUUGGUUGUUCGAGCAUUUUCUCCAUCCGUACCCAACAGACACAGAUAAGCACAUGUUAGCCACUCGGACUGGCCUAUCUCGCAACCAGGUUUCAAACUGGUUUAUAAACGCCAGAGUACGAGUUUGGAAGCCAAUGGUUGAAGAAAUACACACACUUGAAACAAAAGGCUUGGCAGAAACCGGUCUAAAUUCCAAGAAAAGUGGACAAUCCGUCAGUGAUGGUACUGCCAGGUCUAAUAACGGUGAUGAACCAAUGAACAAGGUAGGGAUAACUGCAAUGUGUGAUGAACAAUUGGAUUUCUCAGGCAUUGGUUCCUUGGUAGGCAAUGAAGAUGGAAUCACUGCAGAGCAGUGGAACCAGGACAAGCGAUCAAGAGUUGAUUGUCAUGUUCAUGUUACUACGGGCAUGGACAGGUCGUUAAUGAGUUUUAUACCAUACAACAGAAGUGGGAUGGAGGUGGGGGGACUUGGCGCGGUGUCGCUCACACUCGGUCUCAGGCAUGGCGUUGAGAGCUCGCAUCAACAGCAACAACAGGAAGAUCAACUUAGGCAGCAAAUAGGAGGUCAGAUAAUUCAUGAUUUUGUGGGUUGAUGAAUUGAAGCGGAGCAAAUAAGAGGGAGAAGAAUUGCUUCCUCCAUUUUAUGUCAUUAUGUCACAUGCAUUGGCAACAAAGCAUUGAAGGGAUAAUUAAUCAGUAGAAUCGUGUCUACUAAAUUAAUCCAUGGUAGCAAGUCACCUGACAUCAUAUUAAAAUUCAUUGUGCUGAAUGAUGAAUGAAGGAUUUGUUUCCAUUAACUAAUACUUGCUUUCUUUCUCUUCUUUUUCCACUGUAAGAAGAAAUUUGUAUAAGGAAGAGAAACAGUAAUGACAUGAAAUGGAAAUCUGGUUGCGUUUUAAUUUAUGAA